AUGGCGGCCAAACGAGCGGGAGAAGAAGACGAAGCAGAGAUGACGACGAGGAAAAGGGAGAGACGACUGAGCGAAGGACUUCUCUUAUUUUAUUUUUUCUGUUCUUCUUCCUGGUGGAGUUUUCUGACGCAAAGCAGAGAUCCAACUGCUCCACGGGAUGAUGGAUGGAGGACGCAGCGCAGGAUUGAGGGAGGACGGAGAGACCAGCAGCCACGGACUAGCGAGCGAGCAGAGCAGAGCAGAGAGCAGAGCAGCUAA